CUGAAUCGGCCGGUAGAUGGCGAAGCAGCCUCUCAGCGCUGUGUUGGCGGAUUGGGAGGAGAGACCGUUCCGUUCUCCAAGCGCAGGGACAACAUGGCGGAAUAGGAGCUGCGGCUGCGACUUUCCCGGAUACAAGCAAACCCACUGGACUCGGGAUAUUGCUGACACAGUGCAUUCAGAUUAUCUGUGACUGGAGAUCUAGGGCUCUCCCUAUACAGAGGCCGAGGGGAAGAGGCUGUGCGUGUACAGCCAGUGGAGCCAUAUGCUCCCCGUAGUUUUCCAGGGGUGUGGAAUUCGUGUUUGGGAGAGAGAAGAGAGAUCCGGGAAAACAUCUUCUCCCUUCGGAUCGGGAGCGGCGGGGUCGCUGUGCCCUGUAUGGACCCCAGUGCCUCGGAGUGGAGGACUGAUGCCCGCUACACUCUUUAAGGGCAGCAUGGAUUCGAGGCUCCUGCUCCUGCUGCUCAGUGCGGUGCUGACGGCUCUCUGCUCUGCCCAGGACCCCAACGCAGCCGCUGCUCUCACAGAGUCCCCUGUUCUGGCCGGAGCCUCAAACACUUCGUCAGCAAACCGCUCCUCUGUGCUUAGCGACCUCACCCUGGCAACCACUGUCUCCACAGCAACCACCAUUGCCCCGGUGAAUGCGACUAUCUCUCCGGAGGCCGGCAACGCCACGACGAUCAGCACUGGCACCAACGAGACCACCUCCAGUAGCCCUCCCCCUCCCACACCCUCCCCCAGCGGGGGCAAUGACACUGCCACCGACCCCCAGCUCCCCCCCACCGUCAACAUCACAACGGGAGGGGGGGCACAGCCUGCAGAGCCCACCACACACCCUCCCUCUCCCCCCACUGUGGAGACCACAGCCAGCCUCACCACCUCAGGAGGAGCAGCAAAUGGACCAGAUGAGACUCCGAUCAUUGCAGUGAUGGUGGCCCUGUCCUCUCUGCUGGUCAUUGUCUUCAUCAUCAUUGUGCUCUACAUGCUGAGGUUUAAGAAGUACAAGCAGGCAGGGAGUCACUCCAACUCCUUCAGACUGGUCAACGGGCGUGCGGACGACACAGAGCUCCAGAGCAUACCCCUCCUGGCCAGGUCUCCCAGCACUAACAGGAAGUACCCGCCCCUUUCUGUGGACAAGCUGGAGGAAGAGAUCAACCGGCGCAUGGCAGACGACAACAAGCUGUUCAGGGAGGAGUUCAACGCCCUGCCCGUGUGUCCCAUCCAGGCAGCGUGUGACGCAGCUUCUAAAGAGGAGAACAAGGAGAAGAACCGCUACGUCAAUAUCCUGCCCUAUGAUCACUCGAGAGUCCACCUCUCCUCGCUAGAGGGGGUCCCAGACUCGGACUUCAUCAACGCCUCCUUCAUCAACGGAUACCAGGAGAAGAACAAGUUCAUCGCAGCUCAAGGACCGAAGGAGGAGACUGUCAAUGAUUUCUGGAGGAUGAUCUGGGAGCAGAAUACGGCCACCAUCGUCAUGGUGACCAACCUGAAGGAGCGAAAGGAGUGCAAGUGUGCCCAGUACUGGCCGGACCAGGGCUGCUGGACCUACGGGAACAUCCGCGUGUCAGUGGAGGACAUGAUGGUGCUGGUGGACUACACCAUCCGCAAGUUCUGCAUCCAGCAGGUUGGCGAUGCAUCCAAUAAGAAGCCUCAGCGCCUGCUCACUCAGUUCCACUUCACCAGCUGGCCUGAUUUCGGGGUCCCCUUCACCCCUAUUGGGAUGCUCAAGUUCCUCAAGAAGGUCAAGACCUGCAACCCCCAGUAUGCCGGGGCCAUAGUGGUGCACUGCAGCGCUGGCGUCGGACGGACAGGCACCUUCAUCGUGAUCGACGCCAUGCUGGACAUGAUGACAUCAGAGCGCAAGGUGGACGUGUUCGGCUUCGUGACGAGGAUUCGGGCACAGCGCUGUCAGAUGGUUCAGACUGAUAUGCAGUACGUGUUUAUCUACCAGGCUAUGCUGGAGCACUACCUGUACGGAGACACCGAGCUGGAAGUGACUUCGCUGGAGACACACCUGCAGAAACUCUACAACAAGACCCCCGGGACCACCUGCAGCGGCCUGGAGGCAGAGUUCAAGAAGCUGACGUCGAUAAAGAUCCAGAACGACAAGAUGAGGACGGGCAACCUGCCGGCCAACAUGAAGAAGAACCGCGUGCUGCAGAUCAUCCCCUACGAGUUUAACCGCGUGAUCAUCCCGGUGAAGAGAGGAGAGGAGUACACAGACUAUGUCAACGCCUCCUUCAUUGAUGGCUACAGGCAGAAGGACUCUUACAUUGCCAGUCAGGGUCCUCUCCAGCACACCAUUGAGGAUUUCUGGAGGAUGAUCUGGGAGUGGAAGUCGUGCUCCAUCGUCAUGCUGACGGAGCUGGAGGAGCGAGGACAGGAGAAGUGUGUGCAGUACUGGCCCUCGGAGAGCACUCUGAGCUGCGGUGACAUCACCAUAGAGCUGAAGAAGGAGGAGGAGAGCGAGAGCUACACCGUGAGGGACCUGCUCGUAUCCAACAACCGAGAGAAUAAGAGCCGGCUGGUGCGUCAGUUCCAUUUCCACGGCUGGCCGGAGGUGGGGAUCCCUGCAGACGGCAAGGGGAUGAUCAACCUGAUCGCAGCCGUCCAGAAACAGCAGCAGCAGUCUGGCAACCACCCCUUCACUGUGCACUGCAGUGCUGGCGCGGGCCGCACCGGUACCUUCUGUGCCCUGAGCACUGUGCUGGAGAGGGUGAAAGCAGAGGGGAUCCUGGACGUCUUUCAGACUGUGAAGAGCCUUCGACUGCAGAGACCACACAUGGUCCAAACACUGGAGCAGUAUGAAUUCUGUUACAAGGUGGUGCAGGAGUACAUCGAUGCCUUUUCUGACUACGCCAACUUCAAGUAGACAGACGGACGGACGGACACGCCCGCUCGCGGACUAGAGAGAUGCCUUGAAUAUUUUGUAAUAUUGUAUUUGUUAAUAUACCCGAACCUGUGUAUAUACUCCUGUUGAUUUAAGAAGCUGGUACAGUAAGCUUUAAUAUUAGCUGGGGAUUUUAUAUGUAGCAUAGACUUAGCAUAUUAUAUAUAGAUAUAUAUAUAUAUAUAUAUAUAGAUAGUCUUUUUGAACUUUUAAAGAGGAGGAGAAAGGGGACAAAGAACAGUUUUAUUAUGGGGGGGUUGGAGUCAUCUUGAUUUUCAUUUUAAUAUGAGAUCUCUUCACUGCUGGGGGAGUCGCACUGUUUUUAGUUUACACUAUAAGCGCUUUGCCUUGCUGGAGUCGACCCGCACUGCAGAACGAUGUCUCAACUGCAUCCACCUCAAAACUACAAUCCAAUGGAACAUUGCUGCCUGAUAGCAAUCUCCCCCCUUUCCACAACCUGGGAGCGGGUUUCCUCAUACCGUACAUUCAUUUCAAAUAGAGCAGGGUUGCAUUGUGGGAAGGAAUGCGGGUCUGUGGCAGACACAUUGAACAUGCGUUCCGGGACACCGAGCUGCUCAGCUUCUGGCUCGGUUGAACUUUUUCCCUUCCAGCCUUUCCAAAAUCCAGGACUUCAAUUCAAAUCAGUCUUUAUCUAGGAAGCGAUGCGCUGGUGAAACUGUUACCCAGAGUUUUGUCAGAGAGAACUUUAGCAAGACAAUGACUGUAAAUGCAGCCCUUUAUUCUCAGAGUGUAGGGUCUAUUCUCCAUAAUCUAAGAAUCAUUCCAAUCCAGGGCCAAAUGAUCCCAAUCCGAGGAGGUGUCUGCUGUACGACCAGAUUUGACUGCAGUCCAACUGCAGUUUAACACAAGUCGGGGGCCAGUUCAUUUUGACAGCUCAAUCUGGACCUUGUUUGUUCUAUCCAUGGACCGGAUCACAACAAGCGGAGCACAGACCAAACUUCAGAGAUCAGAACAGCAGCGAUGACUGCGACGUAUACAGCUCCUUACCCCACAACGCAUCUCCAAGAGGAAAGCUGACAUUCCACGACCCCUUUUUUCUGGGGCCAGAUGUUUUUGUUUUGUUUUUUAAAAGUAUUUUGUAGUGUUUGGGGUUUUUUUUCCAUUUGUAAUUAUUAUUAUUAUUAUUUUUUUAAAAAACAGCGUUUCUUCAGUUACUGCUUAAUGUGAGUAAAGAACUCUACUACUAGAAAACAGGACCAGUAUUUUUGAAGUGCAGUUUUAACUUUUCUUUUGUUUUUACCAAUUGCAAAUGAUUUUAAUUGAUUUCUUUACCAAUUUUGUCCUUUGUGAAUGUAUCUCUUUUGAGUGUCUGCAGGAUCAGUAUGUACCAUGAACUAUCAAUGAAUGUCUGGCAGAUAUUGACAGCAGUGUCACAGGGCUCCUCUAGAGGGCACCAUUGUUGCUGUUUUAAAAAUGGUGGUGUGUGAAAAUAACACUGAUCAGUGCGACAGUGCCCGAUGCUAGCUAACGUUCUUUUGAAUACCGACGCUAACUUUUAACAUGCACUCCCUCCUGAGCCAGAGAUCAGGCGAUGCUUGUCUGCAUGCUUAAAAAUGUUGGAAAUGUUUUCUGUGUUUUUUUUUUUUUUUUAAACAAUAAAAUGCAAAUCAGUCGGUGGCCAUGUUCUACCUUUUAACUUUU